AAUAAAUCCAUAAUAAAGAGAGUCCUUUGAACUCGUCUUGGCUUCCUGAUCCAAAAUCCCGAAUCAGAUUCCGUCUUUGCGAUUCCCACGUUUUGCAGUCCCUUAUCCGUCUGCGAUUCAUUGUUAUCCAUUUAUUUUCGCUGCGAUUUUGGGUGAUUUCCCGGAGAUUCAACCCGCGGAUCUAGGGUUUUCUGUAGACGCGAAAAUUCGAAAACUUUUCGUUUUCUUUCCUUUCUUCCACUUGAAUUAUCGUUCUUGUAUUCUGAACUUUUCGCCAAAUGGAGGUCUCGGUGAUCGGAAAUUCCCAGGCGAAGAUAUGCAGAGCAGAACUGGCGCACAGGGAGAUAAGAUUCUUCUAUGGAUCUGAAGUAAUUCCUUUUGAAUCGAGGAAUAGGGUUAGUUUUGGGGGACAGAGCUCCAGGUGCAAGGUGAUUGGUCUCCAAUGCUCUGCUAGGGCUGUCAGAUGCGAGGCUGUCAUGUCCGAUAACCUUCCGGUUCUGAAAUCCACUCCAAGAUCCAGAUCGUUUGAGAACGUAAGAUUGUUCGUGGGUCUUCCUCUGGAUACGGUUUCGGUCUGCAACACGGUGAACCACUCUAAAGCCAUAGCUGCAGGACUCAGAGCUCUGAAGUUGCUCGGUGUAGAAGGCCUCGAGCUACCGGUCUUCUGGGGAGUGGCUGAGAAAGAAGCCAUGGGCAAAUACGACUGGUCAGGUUACCUUGCGGUGGCAGAGAUGGUUCAGAAAGCGGGGCUCAAGCUUCAAGUCUCGCUCUGUUUCCACGGCUCGAAUCAGGCAAAAAUCCCGCUCCCGAGUUGGGUGACACGCUUCGGGGAUUCAGAACCUGGCGUAUACUUCACUGAUAAAUCUGGGAGACAGUAUAAAGACUGCUUGUCUUUUGCGGUUGAUGAUCUUCCUGUUCUUGAUGGAAAGACUCCCAUGGAGGUUUACCUUGGUUUCUGUGAGAGCUUCAAGUCGGCUUUUUCAGAUUUCAUCGGCAACACAAUCUCGGGAAUCACGAUAGGUUUGGGACCAGAUGGCGAGCUUAGAUACCCUUCUCAUCACCAUUCCCUGACCGGAACCAAAAUUUCCGGCGCCGGAGAGUUUCAGUGCUAUGACAAACACAUGCUCGCUUCUCUCAGGCAGCAUGCUGAAUCCACCGGAAACCCCCUGUGGGGACUCGGCGGCCCACACUACGCUCCCACUUACGACCAGCCACCUCACUCUUCGACCUUCUUCAAAGAUGGCGGCUCUUGGGAAUCCGUCUAUGGCCAUUUUUUCCUCUCCUGGUACUCUUCCCUACUCGUCUCGCACACAGAUCGCGUCCUCUCUCUCGCAUCCUCCACCUUCAAUGGCACUGGAGUGGCUCUGAGUGGGAAGCUCCCUCUCUUGCAUUCUUGGCACAAGCUACGUUCCCGACCGUCCGAGUUAACCGCCGGAUUCUAUGGCACGGGUAACCGAGAUGGGUACGAGGUGGUAUCAGAGUUGUUUGCAAAGAACUCUUGCGGAAUGAUUAUACCGGGAAUGGACUUGUCCGAUGCGCACCAGCCCGCGGAAUCUCUCUCGAGCCCCGAGUCGUUGCUUGCCCACGUGAAGACGUCGUGCAAGAAGUUCAGAGUUGUGGUUUCAGGGCAAAACUCGUCCGACCCUGUCCCCGACGGGUUCAAUAGGAUCGCUGAGAAUCUAAGGGAGGAGAAUACGGCGAUCGAUCUGUUCACAUACCAGAGAAUGGGAGCGUAUUUCUUCUCGCCGGAGCAUUUUCCAUCGUUCACGGAGUUCGUGAGGAGCCUGAGCCAAAUGGAGUUGCCAGCGGAUGAUCUUCCGGCGGAGAAGGAGGGAGUUGCCGCAAGCGUAGGUUCGCCGACUGGUACGGCGGCGAUGCAAGCCGCGUGAAGGAAGGAGGUUGUAAUUUAUAUUUGUACGUAAUAUUUAUGGUAAUGAAGAGAAGCAUGGAGUAGCUUUUAGCAUAAUAUAGAAAUGUUGGAAUCAAAGCUCAAUCUUUUCCACGUAGCAAUUGCCUGAUUGGUCGGUGAAUCGGAAACUAUUUAGCAAUAUUUCCUCCUCCGGUAUAUGUGUAUAUGUUCUUUGAAAUCUUUUGAUAUGUGAUUUGGUUUAUUUAGAGUUCA